AUGAGUGCAUCAGCCGCCACCACGCUGCUGCGCAGCGCUCGCCGCUCCACGCUCGCCGCCGCCCGCGCCUCGGGCUCGUCGACUGCUGCGCCGCGCCUGGCUCGCGGGCGUGCCUCGGCCGUCGACCCGGCCGACUUGGCGUCCAGCGACGCGGCCGCCUCUAGCCCUCCCUUCGCUGCCGUGCCGCGCGCCGCGCCGCCGCCCGACGGCACGACGCGCCACGACUGGAAGCGCCAGGAGGUGGCGGCCAUCUACAACUCCUCGCUGCUCGACGUCAUCUUCCGCGCCGCGGCCGUGCACCGCAUGCACCACCCGCCCGGCGGCAUCCAGCUGUGCACGCUCAUGAACAUCAAGGAGGGCGGCUGCUCGGAGGACUGCGGAUACUGCUCGCAGAGCAGCCGCUACACGACGCCCAGCACGGCAAGCAAGCUGGCAGAGGUCGACGAGGUGCUCGUCGAGGCGCGCAAGGCGCGCGACAAUGGCAGCACGCGCUUCUGCAUGGGCGCCGCCUGGCGCGAGGUCGGCGGACGGAAGCGCGGCUUCAACCGCAUUCUCGAGAUGGUCAGCGAGAUUCGGGGCAUGGGCAUGGAGGUGUGCACGACGCUCGGCAUGCUCACGUCUGAGCAGGCCGUGGCGCUCAAGAAUGCCGGUCUUACGGCGUACAACCACAACCUCGACACGAGCCGCGAGUACUACGGCAAGGUGGUGACGUCGCGCACGUACGACGACCGCAUCUCGACGAUUGAGAAUGUGCGCAACGCCGGCAUCUCGGUGUGCUCGGGCGGCAUCUUGGGGCUGGGCGAGGAGGCGGCGGACCGCGUGGGUCUGAUCUGGGAGAUGAGCCGGCUGCCGGAGCAUCCCGAGAGCUUCCCCGUCAACGCGCUCGUCGCCAUUCCGGGCACGCCGAUGGAGGGCAACGAGCCCGUGAGCAUCCAAACGAUGCUGCGCACCAUCGCGACGGCACGUCUCGUGAUGCCCACCUCGAUCAUCCGUCUCGCCGCCGGCCGCCAUCUCUUCAGCGAGUCAGAGCAAGCCAUGUGCUUCCUCGCCGGCGCCAACGCCAUCUUCACGGGCCACAAGAUGCUCACGACGCCGACGAGUGGCUGGGACGAGGACAAGGCGAUGCUCAAGCGCUGGGACCUGCGCGGCCUCGGCUCGUUUGAGGAGAAGCGCAUGGCGCCGCAUGCUGAGACGCCUGUCGCUGCAGCGGCGGAACAGCAGGGACUCGGCCUGAAGCCUGAUGCGCCCUCGGCUUGA